AUGCUCUCCCCACAGAACCGGCGACAGUUGGCAGCUUUGUUACGAACAUACCAUCGCACAGCAGUGGAUCGGAUUUGGAAAGUAAUCCGCGGAACAGGAGGGCAAGACGCCGCUGUCGUUAGCAGCAGCCAUCAGGCAGCAAUCCUUCUCAACUCGAUUCAAGAUUCCAAUAAUUGUCCUUUAUCUGCUAAUAAUGCCCAUUUUGGACUUACACAGUUUCCGGGAUUUCAUCCGGCUUUGCAGGUUUGCCACGCUCUAAUUGAUGAGACGGUACCAGGCGUUAGUCAAGUUGCUGUUUUACAUUUGCCUGAGGCAUGCGGUAGUGAUGCGAAUGUACCACUACAACCAUUGGCAGUUGGCUCAAUGCAAAAGAAAAACGACAAAGCUAAGAAAAAGAGGAAGAAGAAUCGUAUUCGGUCCACAGCUGCAAUGGCUUCGUUAGACUUUCCCCCUCUUCCCAUUUUCAACGAUGAAGCUUCUCUGGACCGUGCUGUUCGCUACGCUAUCAGAGCUGCUGUUGGA